UAAAAAAGUGAAAAAUAAUAUCAAUUGCUUCCGCUACGAUAAUUACGUUAUCCUGCGCAUUCUCCCCCACUGUUAGACGCGGCGCACGUUAUCUCUCACCACCAAACCUACUUUACUCAUGGCCACCGGCACCGCCCCUCGGCCGCCGCCGAAACUGUACGAUCUGGAUGUAACAAUCGUCUCCGCGAAACACUUGAAGAACGUCAACUGGAGGAACGGCGAUCUCAAGCCUUACGUCAUCCUAUGGGUAGAUGCGGACCGGCGCCAGGCCACCAAACCGGACGAUUCUGGUUCCACCCGGCCGGUGUGGAACGAGCGGUUCGUUCUGCCGCUCACCCUCUCCCCAAGGGACUCCGUCCUCACGCUGGAAAUCUUCCACUCAAAACCCUCGGAGACUGCCAAACCCUUGGUCGGAACCCUUCGAUUCGAACUUCGAGAGAUCAUGGUCAACUCCGACGAGUCCCCGAUCCGUCUGAAAACACUCGAGCUCCACCGCCCCUCCGGCCGUCCACACGGCAAAAUCCGCCUCAAGCUAGGUUUAAUCGAACGCCCCGUGGAGAAUUACCAUCCUGCCCCUCCUUCCGGAUAUUAUUACUCCUCCGCCCCUCCUCCGCCUCAGCCGUACAGAGGAUACCCUCCUUCCUCGUACUCUUCUCUCCCGCAGCAAUCCUCUUUUUCUCCACCACCGGCGCCAUCUCCACAGCCUUACUAUUCGUACUCCGAUCCGCCGCCCUCGGGGUAUUAUUCAUCUUAUUACCAGCCCCCACCACCUCCGAGGCCGUUCAUCGAGCGGCAGUCCAGCUAUGGCGGUCCAGGGCCUAGUGCUCCAGUGGAUUACACACCUUAUGAUUACCAGAAGCGAAAUUCCUCGAAACCUGGAAUUGGAUUGGGUACGGGAUUGGCAGUCGGAGCAGUGGCUGGUGCAAUGGGAGGCCUGGCAUUGGAGGAAGGUGUGAAGUACGAGGAAGAGAAGAUUGCCGCAAGAGUGGAUAACGAUUUGGCUUCGUCUGAUCGCUACAGCGAGUAUCGAAGUGACUAUUGAUGUAAGCUUUAAUUCGUUCCCGACUUAUUUGCUCUACAUUAUAUGACUGUGUGAUGAAGUGUGUAUAUAAAGUUGGUGUCUUUGAGUUGAAUUUCGCUUAAUUGGAGGAUUUGUUGAUUAUUGCUGAACUUAUUGAUUGAUAUUAUGUAUAUUGAUGUUAUUUUGCGACGAGUGCAUUUCAAUUUGU